AUGCCUCACGGCUGCGACUGGCCGGCGCCUCGGCGCGUCAGCUCGGCUCGGCGUAGCGAUAGUGGCCAGCGCAACUCGCCUGGACUCAACGCUCAGCCAGGAGCUCCCGCACGCGCUGGCGCGAGGCAUGGCGCAUGCAACGCGCAGCAAUGCUCUCCUCGCCUCGCGCAAAUGCGACCGUCCUCGCAGCCGACAGUCCACCGCCUGCUAAAGAAGCACUGCGACGAAUGCGGCACCGGCGACACAUGGCAGGCUGGCACUGCCGUCCAGUCGGCGAAGGGACGGCUGCUGCGCAAAAUGGCAAGCGGAGCCUACCCACGUGGCGCGCGGGUGCCCUCGGCUUACGGACCGAGUCGCACGAGGCUCACAUAA